UGCUUGCGUGUGCGAGUCAAAACGUUGCAUGUUCGGAGGCCGUGCUGGAAAAUGAGCUAACAGAAGCAUCCAGUGGGUAUGUCCAAAGGCAAUAGUAGGGCAGCUCGCCCGCUGCCAGAGCUACAAGAUGGCGUCUCCACCACCAAUACUGGUAAUAUACAGCACUCCAUAUAAUUAUAGGUAUCUCGUGUUCUUGUUCAAUCCCAUCAUGUGCAGAUUUACAAUCAACUCCCAAAGGAAGUGGAAACAGGCUCCCGUCGUUACGGCCCAAACGAGACCUCACACUGGGCGGACCUCCUCCACCAAGGAACUCCAAGAAAACUUUUGCACCUACUAUUCCCGUGAGGAGGAAGAAGGUGGCAACUGAACCUGUCGUGCCACCAUCACCUGAUGGCGCACGUCGCCGCAGAGAGAGAG